CCCGCCGCAUGUAAUCUGUCUCCACUACACUUUGGGUUCACAUACUAACGACUGUUUUUACAUCUACGAUAAGUUUCGUGAAUGUGACAUGUUUACUUUCACUUCAUAGCAAAGGCUUCAAAGGAAUGUCAAAGCAGACGACGCAAAGAUGACAGAUCAGCGAUUUAUUUUAGCAAUAGACAUUGGAACAACAACGAUAAGAGGUCACGUGUAUGACGAGAAGGCAGAGUUAAUUGGACAGGGAUUGCAGAAGUUGGAGUUUUCCGUUCCAGAAAGGGGCCAUGUCGAAAUCAUUCCAGAUGUCCUUUGGUCCCAGUUCUUGGCAGUCGGUAAAGAAGCAAUAGAAGAUUCCAAAGUUCCAGUCGAUAAAAUCGCAUCUAUUGGAAUUUCAACACAAAGGGCGACAUUUACGACAUGGAACAAGCGCACCGCGUGCCACUAUCACAACUUUAUCUCGUGGAACGACACCCGGGCAGCUCAGUUCACUGAUUCGGUCAACAGGGCAAUUACUUUCAGGGGCCUAAAGGCUGGUGCCCGGGUUGUUAAAUGGGUAACUGGAAGCAGAAGGUAUGAAGCAGCGAGUGUACUGUCAUUUACUCCCCAGCUAGUUAUUAUGAGGCUUUGUUGGGUCCUUGACAAUGUAAAUGGAGUUCGAGAGGAUCUGCAAAAAGGGGAGGUCUUAUUUGGAACAAUAGAUACAUGGCUUGUGUGGAAAAUGACCAAAGGGAAAGUUCAUGCUACUGACCUGUCCAAUAUAAGCUGCACUGGCCUUUAUGAUCUUUACGUAUCUAGAUGGAAUAGUAUUCACAUGUCAUAUCUUGGUCUACCAAGCUCACUGCUGCCUGAAAUUAGAGACACAAGUGGCGACUUUGGGAUUUGCGACCCAGAAUUGUUUGGUGUGGAGAUUCCAAUCAAAGCUGUGGUCGGAGAUCAGCAGGCCGCCCUCUUUGGUCAGUGCUGCUUCGGGUCAGGGGAUAUGAAAAUAACCUUGGGAACGGGAGCGUUUGCCGUCGUCAACACGGGGAAGAUGCCAUCAGUGCCUGCCCAAGGUGCAUAUCCUGCGAUUGGCUGGAAAAUCAAGGACGAGGUCUGUUACAUCACAGAAUGCAACCAUUCGGAUUGCGGAACUUUAGUGGACUGGGGUCAAUCUAUGGGUUACUACAGUAGCCCUGCAGAAACGGAAGUUAAAGCAAAAUCAGUGGAUGACAACGGUGGUGUUUAUUUUGUCCCAGCAUUCAAGGGUUUACAAGCCCCCAUCAAUGAUAACUGUGCAUGUGCCUGUCUCAUCGGGUUGACCCCGAGGACAAGACCAGCUCAUGUCACCAGGUCACUGCUAGAAUCAGUUGUAUACAGGGUAAAACAGCUCUAUGAAGUUCAGAAGAAAGAGAGUAGGGUCAAGCUAAAUCAAGUUAUCAGAGUUGACGGUGGGGUCAGUCGGAAUGAAUUCAUCUUACAGAUGAUCGCCAAUCUUCUAGGACAACCCAUAGAGCGUCCUACAAACCUGGACAUGUCUUGCCUUGGUGCUGCCUUCCUGGCUGGUCUAGCUUCAGGAAUCUGGAAGAGUAAAGAAGAACUUCAGACUCUAAGAAAGAAGGAUGCUGUCUUCGAGCCCCAGUCCAUCACAACAGAAGAGGAGGAGUUCCAGACCUGGCAACGGGCUGUCAAGAGAGGGCUGGCUUGGUAUACCAGCUAAGUCAGCAGGGGGCUUCAUAAAGCUGUUUGUGAGUUAUGCAAGACUAGUGACCAUCUUUUGCUACAUGAUAUACCAAACUCUUUCCCCAUAUUAUGGUUGGUGUAUCAUUCCAUAAUUCUAUUGAAAUCCUGGCCCCUUGGCAGAAAGAGUUGCUACAUGAUAUACCAAACUCUUUCCCCAUAUUAUGGUUGAUGUAUCAUUCCAUAAUUCUAUUGAAAUCC